UGUUGUGCCGGACAAGCAUGGAUUUAAUGGAACUGUUUUUCAUUUCAGUUGGUGCUACAGUUAUUGUCUUCUAUGGAGUGAAACUUCUACUUUUCAGUAGGAUGCUUUUUCCAAAAAUGUGGUUUCCACUGUCGAAGUCCUUUUUCACCUCUAUGGGAGAGUGGGCAGUGGUCACUGGGGCCUCAGAGGGAAUUGGAAGAGCAUAUGCAUUUGCGCUGGCUGAGCAAGGAAUGAACAUAGUAAUCAUGAGUAGAACCAAAGUAGCACUGGACCAGGUGGCCAAAGAAAUAAGUGAUACCACAGGGCAGAGGGUGAAAGUGAUAGUGACAGACUUCAUAAGGGACAACGUCUUCAGUGAAAUUGAGGAUCAACUUCAGGACUUCAACAUUGGAGUUUUAGUCAAUAAUGUAGGCAUUCUGCCCAGCUUCGUCCCCUGCAGAUUCCUUGAGUUUGCAGAACUGGACCAGACAAUUACAAAGGUGAUAAACUGCAAUGUGAAAACUAUGGCCAAGAUGUGCAAAAUAAUCCUUCCAGGCAUGGAGAACAGGAGAAAAGGGUUGAUUUUGAAUGUUUCAUCUGGAGUUGCAUCUGUUCCAUUCCCACUGUACACCCUGUAUGCUGCAUCAAAAGUGUUUGUGGAGAGAUUUUCUCAAGGUCUUCAAGCUGAAUACAAAGAUAAGGGGAUUCUCAUACAGGCAGUGGCUCCAUUUGGGGUCUCCACUCGAAUGGCAGAUUACAUACCAACCAACAUAGUGACGCUGUCACCAGAAGACUUUGUGAAAAGCUCCCUGCAAUACGUUAGAGCUGGAGACAAAACACACGGAAGUGUGUGCCACAUAGUUCUGGGCUGGUUACUGCAGUCUAUUCCUUCCAAGGUUCUCUAUGCAGAGUACAUGCUGCACAGCUUACAAGACUAUGUGAAGAACAAAGCAGCACUGAGGGCAUCAAAUGCAACUUUUGAAAAUGGCAAAAAUAAAUAACGAGGAGCAGCCACGUAAGGACUUAAUUAUUAUGGAUUAUUAUGGACCUGAUGUUGACAAACCUGUGUGUUCUGUUUCUCAUUUAAAUGUUGUGGUGACUGUUGUAACUCAUGAAAGUAAAGUAUUAUUAUUAUUUUAAAGAAUUAUUUUAUUAAUAUUUUUUUUAGUAACUGCACAGCUGUAUUUUUUGUUUGUACAUUUUCUUACACUGCAAGCAAGACACCCUCGGGAAAGCACCUUUAUUAGUGGUAUUAUUUCCAUCAUUUCUCAGUGUUUAGAGGAGUUGAUGCACCUUCACUUUUUUCCAAAUAUAUAUAGUCUACUCUUGUAAUGUAUAAACAUAUACUACACUUUAUUAGGUUCACCUGUACAAUCUAAUGUGAUACAAUAUAACUACACUGCUACAAAAUCUACUGUUAUGAUACCUAUAAUCAUAGUUAUUGUUUUUAUAAAAACAAUAAUUGGCAGCAGCACUGGCACUGGCAGGUGUUGGUGUGUGUAUGUGUGUGUGUGUGUGUG